AUGGCGCCAAACAAUUGCAAGCCGCGGAUAGAGCAUUCCUCUCAGGCCACACCUGAUGAGGUCCCAGGCCGUGCCACUGACAGGGCGCCGGUUGUCAAGAAAAAGAAGAGAAAGAAGAGAUUGCGGGGCGUUCAAGGCGCGUUGUCGAUUCUAUGCAAAGAGGACAACCCGGUUCCAGACGACAUGCUGUUCGAGAUCUGCCUCCAUCUCUCCCCAAUCGACCUCUGCAAUCUCUCCCUUUCCUGUGAAUUUUUUCGCGACCUUCUCCUCAACCCUCGGCGCCAUUCGGGUCCUGUAUGGUGCUCCGUACUGUCUAGCGUCGAAGGCCUACCUCCCUGCCCUGAGGACAUCACACCUUUUCGUUAUGCACUUAUGAUGCUGGAUCAUCAUUGUCAAUUCUGCUUUUGUAGGAACGCUUGGCAGGUAUUCGUCAUCGCCCGAGUGAGGUGCUGCAUCAACUGUGCCAUCAAAGAGUUCUCGCGCUAUGAGUACUUGUCGGGCCUCGGACUACCCGAACACAUCUCUUUGGAAGUCAUGGAAAUAUCUCCUUACCGAGAACCUAUCAGUAGUGACCUCGGUCUUCCUUCCGCUCUAUGGGACGACGCCAAAUUUAUUCUGGAUAGUCAUAUGGAAGAAUUGCAAUCGAAGUACAACAGUCUUGAAUCCGACGAAGAGCGUCAAUCUUGGCUAGCUGCAAAAGCCCUCCACUUAGCGGCACUGGAAAGGAAUGCUAGCAUCUACGAGGAUUUCCUUCAGUCUCGUUCCGAUGAAAGAGAGGAUCGUAGAAACCAGCGCCGCCUUCAGCGCGAAGAACUACUAAUCCAGAAGUUAAAGGAAGGAGGAUUUACCGAAAAAUUGACUUGGCUCCCUGUGAAAAUCCUCAAGUCCUAUGUAUCGAGUGACACCGAUCCGAAUCCAGCCACCGCAAGAGGGUGGCAGAAGUUGUUGCCCAAACUCACCGCAUUCAUCGAACGACAAACCCACGAGCGGGAAAUGCAACAACGCAGAGACGUUAUCGCUCAGCGUUGCCGAAUUCUGAAACGGCUUUUCCUCAGCGGCCCCGGCUGUAACUUCAACACAAUCCAGCCAAACGUCGCAGACAUCGCAGUCCUCCCUGAAAUACAAAAGAUCCUUUGCCCUUUUGUUGAUGACACGGAGACGGAAGAAGGGGCGAUAGCGCAGCGGCUCAUGUUGGCUCUUAUUUCUGGGGUUGGUGGUGACUUUUUGACUAGCUGGUGGAGUAAGACCAGCAAAAAUCUGUUGGAUAUGGUUCCUUUGCCGAUCAGAGGGAGGAUUCCGACCGCCCAUGCACUCAUGAACGCGACCUUGUUCUUCUUAUGCAAAGACUGUCUAACCCUACCUCUUGCCUACCCUGCGGUCCUUAUUCACACGUGCCGGCACCCGGACUAUGCCUCAGCGGCGUACACGGUCCAGGAUUACAGUGAUGACAUGAAGUAUGCAUUCUGCUGUCUGGAGGCACAACCCUGGGCAGCGCGGUGUGGACGCUUGAUGCUCGAUCCUUCUCGAAGUAAACACGCGGCCGCAAUUUUAAAGAUACUGAAUCUCGACGCGCGCCAUAUAACAUCUGACUUUCUCUAUUGUAACAACCCCGUCCUUGUGCACCAGAAGAGAAACGGGUCGAGGGUUAUGGUGCAUUGGAAUGAAGCGAUCUUCAAUUGUCAGAAAACGACUACCAAGAAAGCGUUGUCCGUCUGGCAGCCAGCGACUCCGCAAGAGAUAUACGCGCUCUACCAGCGUGAAUUCGAGGAGCUGCCAGUCACUUGGGGGAUUCCAAAGAAUGCUUCAUUUUCUUCAUGCUGCCAGAGUUGGUUGUGCCGCCAUUGUAAUGCCAUCAUCCCAUUGCAACUGCCAUACCAAACGCAGUCAGAUUUAUUAGUGCAAAUCAGAAUACACUUCGCACAAUUUCAUCAAGAUAUAAACUCUACGCCUAUCCUUCACCAGAAUUUCUCCCUGCAUAGACUUGCCAUUAACUCUUUCACUCGUCCUUGGUAA